AAUCCACUAAGCUCUUUCCAUCCAAAGACUGAACCAAAGAUUUUCAUUGAUGAAAAUGAUGUCUUCAUGGCUUUCUUGAAUCACCUUAAAGUUAUUGACAUCAUCAACAGACGUUUACAAAAUUCAAAACUGAUUAAUCUAAAAGACUACCAAGAGUAUCAGGACGAGAUCCAUGAAAUUUUUGCUUUGCACAUGUAUAAUACAUGUCUUCAAUUGCAAUCGGAUCUCGACAAAUACAACGAUACUCCUACGGAUGAAACGAUUCGAGAGCUUGAAUGUAAUAUGCUUAAUUAUGAUUUCAAAAAAGUCAUGAUGCACGGCUUUAAAAUGAGAUACACUCCUGUCAGAGUUUUAAAAUUUUUUAAUGAUGAAUGUGGAACAGAAUGUUUCGAUUUUUCAAAAACGAAUAUUAAUAUUGACAUGUUGAAUAGUGCCAAUCUCAACAAUAUCGAAGAAUUAGACUUGUCUGAAAUGGAAUUAACACAAUUUCCUUGCUUGUCUAGUUUUAAAAACCUUAGGCAUCUCUAUUUAGAUCAUAAUAUGAUUGUGGCAUUUGAGCCUGGAAAUUAUUUUGAUGAAGAGACAGGUGCAUACAGAACAAUGCCAAGGUUAGAAGAAAUAAGCUUAUUAUGGAACUCCACAUCUAGUAUUGAUGUGGAAAUCACAAAGGUAUUUAUCAGUGGAACUACAAAAAUAUGCUUGAACGAAACAGAAUUCUAUUGUACAUGCGACAGUAUGAAAAAGAGUCUGAAAGACACACACAUUAAGCUAUCUUUAAAACAAGAAGAUGAAUUGAUGGCUGGAUAA